UUUUUCAUUUCCUCAUGGUUUCUGCUUUGACCCAGAUAUAAAUAGGCUACUGUUUCUCAGACUGGAGAUUCUUCAUCUGCACCUCCAACACUGAGACGUCCAUCCAGACAAACACAACUGCACACAGAAAACACCAGCAACAGAGCAGAUUUAUCUACAAAGAUGUUGUCUGUGCUGUGCUUUGGAUUUCUGUUGAUAUGUCUGUCAACAAACCUGUUCCCCUGUGAAUCCAAAUCAGUGGGUAUGAUGUACAUACUGCAGGAUGGAGAAGCUCCUGAGAGACCUGACAGGAGUAACUACGUGGCUCGAAGCUGCAAAGAACUCAGAAACAAGUAUAAAAUCGAUGAAGAUGGCCUGUACUUUCUGACAACGGAGAGCGGGGUGGUCUACCAGACCUACUGUGACAUGACCACUGCAGGAGGUGGCUGGACACUGGUGGCCAGUGUGCACGAGAACAACAUGUAUGGGAAAUGCACUGUAGGUGACCGCUGGUCUAGCCAGCAAGGUAACAACCCCAACGUACCUGAUGGAGAUGGAAACUGGGCCAACACAGCCACAUUUGGAACUGCAGAAGCAGCUACCAGUGACGACUACAAGAACCCUGGGUAUUACGACAUUGUGGCUCAGGAUGUGUCUGUGUGGCAUGUUCCUAAUAACGCUCUGGUACAACAGUGGACUGCUGCUUCUAUCUUACGCUACCACACUGAAAACCGGAUUCUCAGCCUCCAUGGAGGGAAUCUUUUCAACUUAUUCAAGAAAUUUCCAGUGACAUAUGCAGCAGGGGUUUGCCGUACUAAUAACGGACCUACUGCCCCAGUGGUGUACGACUUUGGAAAUGAAGCCUCUACCAGGAACUUUUAUGGUCCCGACGUGAGAGGAGAGUUUGAGACUGGCUACAUCGCUUUCCGGGUGUUUAAUGUUGAGAAGGCAGCCAUGGCGAUCUGUUCUGGAGUCAGACCAACUGGCUGCAAUACAGAACAUUACUGUAUUGGUGGAGGAGGUCAUUUCCCAGAAGGUGCACCAAGACAGUGUGGAGAUUUUGCUUCUUUUGACUGGAAUGGAUACGGGACAAAUACAGCCGCCAGUGCGUCCCGAGAGAUCACUGAAGCUGCUGUGCUUCUUUUCUAUCGCUGAGACACAAAUCACACACUCAGCUUUCUCUUCUGCUUCUAUCGUGUAAUAAAGUUACAGAAUGUAAUAAUCAGUGAUUUAUUACAGUGAAAUUCAUUAGGUAGACCUAGAAGAAGAAAUCAAAGUAACCUGAAAAAGAUAACAUAACAUAUAUUAUGUUAUCUGGCAUUUCCAGAUUCGUCAGCGUAAUUAAUGAUGUGUUUUACCUACCAGCAGCUCAUUACAUCUUUAAAAUGGUUCAAACACAAGGGGGAUUACAGUCUACUUUGUUUUGUACUCAAUAACUGCAAUAAACAGGUGGGCGACUACA